UUUUUUAAUAUAUUAGAAGUGCACAAACUGAAAAAAAUUUACUUAUUUUUCGAAAUAUCAACGUUUUGUCCAGACUUGGAUCUCUCAGAUCUUUUUUGCACUUUAAACUUCAAACUUCGCAAAGCUAUUAAACGAAGGACGCUGUCAACGACUUCUACCAUUGUCUAAGGCCUUAAAGUUUUUUUUUCAUGGCCUUCAGACGUCGCGCUAAAUUAUAUAAUACCUAGUAGAGACAUCGGUUUAAAACUUUUGGGUGAGUCUCUCGGAGACUCAUAUCUGACACUGAAGGUUUAAUAAAGCUCUCAAUGAUUAAUUGAUAAUCUGUUGGAUAAAAGUUUAUUAUCAUGUUUUUAUCAUGAUAUGAGAGAGGAAUUCUUGUUUAAACUAUACAUGAAACAUCUCUAUUUGCUACUGAUAUUUUUAUAAGCAAUUUCCAUCUUUGUAUUUCACAUUUCUCUGAUAUAAUAUAUAUCUGAUAUAAUAUUUGUUACGAUUUCAUUCAAACAAAAACGUGCACAAGUAAUCUUUAUUUUAAAAAGCGAGUAGAAGCAAUAUUCUAUUUUUGUUUCACAUUUAAUAAACAAUAAAGCUGUAAUAAUGCUUUUAAUAUGAAAGUAAUUAGUCGAUAGUCCGUUAUAUAGAGUGUGUUCUAUAAAACGCGCUUUGUUCGUCCAGAUGGCGCGAAAGAGUGUUAUAUAAGUUGUCACGAGUAGAUAUUUAUUGGAUGGUGUUCAGUCAGAAACUCCGAGUCUAUUCACUCUGGUCUGGCGGUACAACAGUUUCAAGAUUAGAGGAAAUACGUGUGUGAUUAUUACAAUAUAGAAUUUGUUAUCAGUGCAAGACCUAAGAAAGAACUAUUACCACUUUACUUGGAAACAUGAGCGCAUUUCCUCCCACUUAUGUCGAGGGUUUUCACAAUCCUGAAGCUGUAAAAUCAAUGGAAUACAAAAAACUCGGAAAAACAGACUUGUUAGUGAGCAAAUUAUCUUUUGGUACCGGACCACUCGGUUGUCAUUAUGGUACGUAUAACGAGGACGAUGCUAUUGAAGCGAUACGUGAGGCGAUAAAACAAGGAAUCAAUUAUAUUGAUACAGCACCUUGGUACGGUCAAGGUCGAUCCGAGACAACAAUUGGCAAGGCUUUAAAAGGAAUUCCACGACAAGCUUAUUAUAUCGCGACAAAAGUCGGCAGGUACGAGCUAAAUUACGACAAAAUGUUCGACUUUACCGUGGAGAAAAUCAGAAAAAGUUUCAAAAAGAGCUUGGAAUUAUUGGGCGUGGAUUACGUUGACGUUAUUCAGGUUCACGAUAUCGAAUUCGCGCCGUCAUUAGACAUAGUGAUCACGCAAACCUUACCGGAACUGUCCAAGCAAGUGGCCGAAGGCAAAGCCAGAUACAUAGGUCUGACCGGGUAUCCGGUGUCCGUGCUCAAAGAAUGUGUCGAAAAGAGCAAUAUAAAUAUAUCCUGUGUGUUAAGUUACUCAAGACUCACACUGAUCGACGAUACUUUGUUAGAAUACAUUCCGUUCUUCAAGGAACAUAAUAUCGGACUGAUUAACGCCGCCACGCCGUGCAUGGGUCUCUUGACAAAUGACGGUCCUCCAAAUUGGCAUCCUGCUUCUGAAGAAACGAAGAAACAAUGCGCUAGUGCCGCGCAAUAUUGCAAGGAUCACGAUGUGGAACUCUGCAAACUGGCGGUAUGGCAUUCUAUGCAAUACGCGGACGUGGAUACCAAUUUGAUUGGAAUACAAAGUACAAAACAAUUGCAGAUGAAUCUGAAUGUGUUGCGAAAUGGCAUUACGGAGAAAGAAAAAGUGUUAUUAGAAGAGAUACAAGAGAAAUUUCUGUCGACAAUAAAGAAUCAAGAUUGGGAAGGGAAAGAAGUCGAAAUCUAUCGAGAAGCUAUGAAGAAUAAGAAAACAUAAAUAAUAUACGUCACAUUUUUACAGCUUUUUUCUACAUUUUAUUAC